ACUAUUCCACAGGUUUACCGGUAAUAUAUACUUCAGAUAACUCACAAUGUCGCAGGAUUCAGACACCACGCCACUACUAACCACUGAUUCACUCAAUUUAAGUCAUGAAAACCCCUUGAUGGCAACUACAGCUACCAAUGGUAUACAGAAACCACCGGCAAAGAGACCCACCAAGAAUACACCACCCACAUCCAAAUCAACUGGCAAAAUAACAAAUUCAGGUACUAUUGGUUUACAAAGAACAAGUAGAACAUCGCAAAAGCUUAAACUUUUACCAGAGGACCCUACCCUUGACCAUGACAAUAAUAACAAUGACGACAUUGACGACCCACAACAAGCAAGAGUGUAUUCUCAAGUGAAAAAGAUCACCGAUACUUCCGCUAGAAAAGAUGCCGAAAUCUUAGGUAAACUGCAUCGUGAUUUAUUACCAAGAGUCACUGCAUACUGUACUUGUGGUUCCUACAAGAUGAAAGACUUGUUACGCUGGUUAAAGGACAGGAAACGUAUACACAAUACUAGCCCCAAGUUAUUUGACGAGUGUUUAUAUACUCCAUUCACAUAUAAAGAUUGGAGAGGCGAAGAGGAAGAAGCAGGCCAUAAGCUUAUCCGACUUGCAGACGAAGGUGGUGAAAUCGAUAUUGGUAAGAAGAACGAUAUCUUUGUAUUUGAAUAUGGUGUGGUUAUAAUGUGGGGAUACACAACUAAAGAAGAAGCUGCUUUCCUUGAAGACCUAGCAAAGUUUGAAACGGAAAAGUUAUCCCAGGAAGAUAUCCAAAUCGAAGAGUUCAACUAUUAUAUCACCAAGUCAUACCAACCUAGAAUUUACAACGAUUUCAUUACUCUUAGGGAUGACGACAACUACAUGUUGAAAUUAUCUAUAUCCCACGCAUUAGCCCAAUCCGUUAAGAUUUCCCUUUUUGAAGAAUUGGUAGAUAACACCAUCGAAGACACGCAAGACAUCCCGCAACAAAUUGCCCGAACAGGUAAAGUUGAAAUGACAAGAGAUGAAAUCAUGAAAUCUAUUGGGGAGUUAUUCAUUCUUAGAAUUAAUAUAAAUUUACAUGGUUCAGUUUUGGAUUCCCCUGAAUUAAUGUGGGCUGAACCUCAUUUAGAACCUAUUUAUCAAGCCACUAGAGGAUACCUUGAAAUUAACCAGAGAGUUGAUCUUUUAAACCAAAGAUUAGAAGUUAUUUCCGAUUUAUUACAAAUGUUGAAAGAACAAUUGGGUCAUUCUCAUGAAGAGAAUUUGGAAUAUAUCGUCGUGGUAUUGAAUAACCUCGACUACACCUUUAUCCCCGACUUAUCAAAUACAGAAGUAUUGGGCCAAGACUUGAUUAUAAGAGGAAAACUUUUCACUGUACACCCUGGUCCCUCGAGAGUGAGAUUCAUUGCCCAGACUAGAUCACGUGCUGUUUGGAAAAGGUCGGAUUUUCAACAUGGAUUUCCAACAAAGUGUGAUGGUAUCUAUCACGUGAUAAAUACUCGUGACCCCUUCUAUAUAAAUUCUCUGGAUUUGAAUACCGACCAUUCUAGUUCUCAGGAAAGUAUACCCGAUGUACCGGAAAAAGGUGGUAUUCCUAGGUAA